AAGCAAAGAAUGUAUAAAGUAAUUUACACGAGGUAAAAGUAGGAAAAGACCCAGCAAGAGUUAUAUAACCAGUUGAUCAGGGAAAGUAAUGAAUUGAUGAUGAACUUGAUUGAAUUCCAUUACAAAUUAGAAAAAAGUGAAGGAAAAUAAAACUUAUUUAAGAAAACGAGCCAUUAGUGGUUUUGAAAUUGUAACAAAAAACAUACAAACAAGAAACAGCCAUUGCAGUUCUGGGGGAAAGCAAGAAAACAACUGGAAAUGGCCAGAAAAAACGAACAAAACACCCACAAAACAGCAGCAGAAAGCAGAAAAGCCAGCUCCAAGCCAGUUAUAAAAAAAAUGAGUUUUCCUGGUUGGAGAACACAGCAGACUAAUAUUCAUUUAGAGUGCCAACUGACCCAGAACCGAAACCAAAACGAAACCAAAACGAGCUGCAAUGGAGCCUUAAAGCAUGGAGGACGUGGAAACGCAGACCAGAGAAAGAACAGCAGUACUUGCUCAGCACUUGCUCAACAGGCCUGGAGUCUGGCGAAUGGUUUGCAACUGCUCCAGGGCCUGAAGCGAAAUCUGCUCGAGCUGAUUGGUAAAACGUGGUUGGGCCUUUCCCAGAUCAGGCACUGCUCGAGCUGAUGCUCCGAUUCUCUGGCAGUAUAUAACCAAUAUCAAUGUUCUGGGAUGAGCCUUUUCUUUGUCACCAGAAACACUUGUUUGCGGUUUUA